AUGAGGCCCCCCACUGGGUUCGUCCUUCUGCUGACUCUGCUGCAAGCAGGUGUGUACGCGCUCUCUGCUCCCUCCGGCCUCAGCAUGACCUCCGUCAACAUGAGACACUCAUUGAGCUGGCUCCCCCUUCAGGACGACUGCAGUACUACAAUGCUCUACUCUGUGCAGUAUCAAGGGGACUUUGAGCGGCUGGUCCUGGGCGGGGUGUGGAUCCAGGCCCCUCACUGUCAGCUGUCCUCUGAAUGCUCCUGUGACUUGAGUGCGGAGGUGGAGUCCGACUCGGACUACAACCUCAGGGUCCAGGCUCAAUGUGGACCGGUCCUGUCUCCAUGGCAACAGCUGCAUCCACCUUUCAACCGCAACCACAUGCAGCUGCUGCCGCCGCGCCUGGAGCUGAACGUGUCGGGCGACAGUCUGCUGGUUUCUCUGGACGACGUUCCACUGAUCUGCUCCGUACGAGUGUCUCUGUGGAGGACCACACUCAAACAGGUGGUCUCUCCUGUCUUUGUGGAGGAGCGUGUGGUGCGUUCGUCGCAGGUUCGUUUUGCAGACCUGCAGGAGGGAGAGGAGUAUUGCGUUCAGGCCCAGAGCGAGCUGCCCUCUGGUCGCAGCAGCAGCUCCACAGCGCCACACUGUGACCGCUUACCAGGUCCAAGGGGAUGGGAGAAACCGGUCACUGUGGCGGUCGUGGCCCUGGUCUCAACUGGGUUCCUCUGUGCUGUGCUCUGGUUCAUGGUCCACUGCUGGCCUCACAUCUGUGUUGGGUUCUUCCACAAGGAGGCGCUGCCACAAUCCCUGGAGGACUGGCCCGAGUCUGUUCAGCCUCAGGUGGCCCCCCAGGAGACCGUGGCCCUGGUGAAGGUGAUUGCAGAUGUUGCUAACCGGAUCCUGCAGUUCGAACCAAACGGACUGAAGUACGAAAAGGCCAAAGAGUGGAAGAUCCCCUGUGUGAACGCACAGUGGCUGUGUGACGUGCUGCUGGGGAACUUUGAGGCCCUGAGGCAGAUCCAGCACAGCCGCUACCAGAACUACAGCCACACGGAGCCCCUGGCCCCCAACCCCCAGCUCGUCAUCAACCUGCUGGAGCCGACCCUAGAGCCGACCGUAGAGCGGGCCGGGAAGUUCUUCUACCUGACCCCAGGCAUCUGCCCCAGCCUCAGCACCAUGAAGGCCAUCCUGGAGAGCGCAGGGGGAAAGCUUCUGCCCAAACUACCCUCGUCCAAGAAGGUCCAGGAGCACACACAAAACAAGGUGAAAGCAUGA